GAAAGGGGACAAUGUGGCAGAAGAAUCAGACCUCUCUGGCAGACUUCAUCCUUGAGGGGCUCUUCGAUGACUCCCUUACCCACCUUUUCCUUUUCUCCUUGACCAUGGUGGUCUUCCUUAUUGCGGUGAGUGGCAACGCCCUCACCAUUCUCCUCAUCUGCAUUGAUCCCCAGCUUCAUACACCAACGUAUUUCCUGCUCAGCCAGCUCUCCCUCAUGGAUCUGAUGCAUGUCUCCACAACCAUCCUGAAGAUGGCUACCAACUACCUAUCUGGCAAGAAAUCUAUCUCCUUAGUGGGCUGUGCAACCCAGCACUUCCUCUAUUUGUGUCUAGGUGGUGCUGAAUGUUUUCUCUUAGCUGUCAUGUCCUAUGACCGCUAUGUUGCCAUCUGUCAUCCACUGCGCUAUGCUGUGCUCAUGAACAAGAAGGUGGGACUGAUGAUGGCUGUCAUGUCAUGGUUGGGGGCAUCCGUGAACUCCCUAAUUCACACGGCGAUCUUGAUGCACUUCCCUUUCUGUGGGCCUCAGAAAGUCUACCACUUCUACUGUGAGUUCCCAGCUGUUGUGAAGUUGGUAUGUGGCGACAUCACUGUGUAUGAGACCACAGUGUACAUCAGCAGCAUUCUCCUCCUUCUCCUCCCCAUCUUCCUGAUUUCUACAUCCUAUGUCUUCAUCCUUCAAAGUGUCAUUCAGAUGCACUCAUCUGGGAGCAAGAGAAAUGCCUUUGCCACUUGUGGCUCCCACCUCACGGUGGUUUCUCUUUGGUUUGGUGCCUGCAUCUUCUCCUACAUGAGAACCAGGUCCCAGCGCACUCUAUUGCAGAACAAAGUUGGUUCUGUGUUCUACAGCAUCAUUACGCCCACAUUGAAUCCUCUGAUUUAUACUCUCCGGAAUAAAGAUGUAGCUAAGGCUCUGAGAAGAGUGCUGAGGAGAGAUGUUAUCACCCAGUGCAUUCAACGACUGCAAUUGUGGUUGCCCCGAGUGUAGAGUGGAAUACGAUAAGCUCCUUAAAUUAAUUCAUGUAAACCUCUAAAGUUUUUCAGGGAGCUAGCUCCCUUAUGCUGUUUUACUACUGGAAGAAAAACACAUUUAACACACAAUUCCAAUAUUCCAGCUUGGUGUCAGUUAUCCAAGCACUGUGGAGAACAUUUGAGUAGAUCUUUAGAGAAUUAGGGAAAACUUUUUAAAAAGUCCCUUUGAAAGAAGACAUAUAAACGUCACUGACAACCUGAAAAAAAGAAGGCAAGAUAAAGAUAUAAGGGCCCUUAUCUAUUAUUAUUUUUAUUAACAAAAAUAUAUAAAACAUGCCACCAGAGAGUAUUUAUGGAGUUUAAAAUUGGAGUGUGUUGCUUACUUUUGGAAGCAUGGGAAGUAAAUGGUGAAUGAUGGCUGUUUGAAAGGGAGGAUGCAUGAUAUAAAAGUUGUAUUCUUUUUUUUUUUUUUUGCGAU